ACAUUUUUCCUUUUGUUGUUGCAAUGAUGGCGAAAAAGAAUGACAAGCGUAACAAGUGCGAGAAAUAUUAAUAUUAAAAGAGAAAGAGAAAGAAAAUUGAUUUGUUGAAUAUUAAAUUUGAAUUGAAUUACUAAUUAGAAGGAAGUCGGAGAGUUCUUUGUGAUUGAUUGAAUAGAUCAUUGUUCGGUUUGAGUGUAUAUUUUACGCAGGUGUUAUUUUUUUUUUAAAUAUUGAUGAAGGUGACAUAACCUAAAAAGUUGUUAUGGCUCUUACAAAUAUUUUAUUAUUGAGCCAAAUUGCGGGCUAUGUUGUUGCACUUAUUUUAUCAUUAUGCAUCAUUGUGCCUAUGAGUUUACACCAGAGUGAAUUUAGAGGACACUGUUUAUUAUUUUCAACGGGAGUAUGGCAGGAGACAGAUGGACAAUUUGUUGCCCAAUGGGCAUCACAACUUUAUUGCAAUUACACAGUUUUUGUUGGUUUCAUUCUACUUGUUGCAUCGGCCAUUCAAAUCUAUCGACUUUCAAUGUUUAUGAAACGAGGUGAAGACAGUUCAUUUCUGUCGGCAUUCAUUGAUGUUGUCUCAUCAAUUUUCCUCACUGCUAUUACAUUGUUAGCGGCAAUUUUAAUAACACUUGGAUUUAUGACAUGGUGUCAAUGUAUGACCAAAAGAUUUCCAUCGUGCGAACUCGCUGCUGGUAACGAUAUCGAUAAAGCUGAUGGAAUUAAUACUUCCGGUUUUCAUAUAGAAUUGGGGGCCGCACAAUUUGGCGCAUGGAGCAGUCUUUCAAUUUGGGUUGGCCUCUCAGUGUUUGCUGUUUUAAAAUUACUGCGUUAUCAUCAAUUGGAAAAUAUGAAAGUCUCAAUGUAUAGAGAGCGACAGAAGUUGAUUGAAGCUGCGACGAGUUCACAGAGUCAGGACAUCAGUUAAUUUUCUUUUUCUUGAUGUAAACUUCAAUCGCAUAAUGAGAAGCCUCGGAAAACUUUUGAAGAAUUCGAGUUUGUGUU